AAUAAAAAAGUCCCCCUCUUAAUUAUCUUCACUCAAGGUUUGUCUCGGUCGGCGACAUGAGAGUUGAACUGGGAGGUUUGCCGAGUGGCGAGAGGAGCCACUUCCUACAGACCAGCCACUCGUGCGCUCUUGGAGAGUCUCGGGCUGCUGCUGCUGCGGACUUCUCCUGAACUCCUCUCCGAGUCGGGCUCUGCUCAGGAAUGCUGCGGGCAAGAAGGAAGAGGUGUUUUCUUGUAUUGCCACAUUAACUUCACAGUCAUUGUGUGUGUGUGUGUGUGUGUGUGUGUGUGUGUGAGAGAGAGAGUAUGUCAACUGGGCUGCGCGUCCACGACGUCACCUCGCACUUCGCCGAUCUCUGAGGAUCUCUGGACACUUGGGCUCUGCAGCAGGACUCCGUCUGCAUCAUGGGCUGCAGCAAAGUGCUGUGGGGGGCCGUGGGGGCGGCUGUCGUCAUCACCAUCAUAACGAUCCCGGCAGUUUAUUACAGCAAGCACGAUGGCAACAAAAGGCCGUACUCCUUCGAGGAUUACUUCAACGACUCCAUACGGUGGAGAUCCUACGAUUUGUAUUGGAUUUCAGAUGCGGAGUACCUGCAUAAAACGGGGGACGGGAAUGUCUUUCUCCACAACGCCGAAACGAAGGAGCAGUCCAUAUAUUUGAGCAACUCAACCUUUGCCCAAGUGGAUGCCACGAAUUACAUGCUGUCCGGUGAUUACAAAUACAUCGCCUUGGAAAGCAAUUACACGAAGAAAUGGAGACAUUCAUACACGGCCUCCUACUCCAUCUAUGACAGGGAGAGAUCAACAUUUGUUACGCCUGUGACUCUUCCAACUGUUGUGCAGUACUUCACCUGGGCCCCAACAGGACACACAUAUGCUUACGUCUCAGACUUCAACAUUUUUUUCAAAGCCGACGUCGGCGCUGAAGCUGUGCAAGUGACUCACAAUGGGAAAAAGAAUGAGAUCCUUAAUGGUGUCCCCGACUGGGUAUAUGAGGAGGAAGUGUUCGCAUCAAACGGGGCAAUAUGGUGGUCGUCAACUGCAAAGUUCCUGGCUUAUCUGGAGUUUAAUGACACAGAAGUUCACAAAGUGGAGUUCUCUUGGUUUGGAUCCGAGCAAUAUCCUCAAACAGUGUCUGUUCCAUACCCGAAGGCUGGAUCGAGCAUUACCAAGGUCAAACUGUUUGUGGUUGAUACCUCGAAUCUGUCCCGCCGCACACAGGUGGUCGCUCCUGCAUCCGUUUCUUCUGGUGAUCACAUUUUGUGCUCAGUGACCUGGGUUACAGACGAACGCGUCGCUGUGCAGUGGCUCACGAGGACGCAGAAUCACGUGGUCGUACAGAUCUAUGACUUCGAUGGAAGCAGCUGGAGAGAAAAGCAGAAAUUCGACCAAACAAGCAAGACGGGUUGGGUCGGCCACUAUGUGCCCUUACCUCUUUUCUUUGCUGAAGAUAACCUCAGUUUCUACAAAGUGAUGAGUGACCCUCAGGGCUACAAGCACAUUCACUAUGUGAAAAAUGGCAAAGCCACACCUAUUACCUCAGGGAAGUGGGAAGUCAUCUACAUAUCCAAAUUAACAAGAGAUGCCAUAUAUUUUGUGAGCAACGAAUACCAAGGAGUACCUGUGAAGAGAAAUCUUUACAAGCUCAUGAUUGGAGGCAGCACCUCUGCCCCUCAGUGCCUCACCUGCGACCUGUUUCCGGACAGGUGUCAGUACAACUCAGCUUACUUCAGCUCUGACGCCUCUUACUACCGAAUGGACUGUUACGGACCUGGAUUGCCCCUCUACACACUCAUGGACAACCGGGGCCCAGGUGCACAGAUUUCCAUCCUUGAAGACAACAAGGACCUAGAAAAUAUUCUGACAGAAUUCCAAAUGCCAAAGAUGCAGUAUGGCACACUGAGGGUUGCAGGGUUUGAUAUGUGGUAUCAACUGAUGCUGCCCCCAAAUUUUAAGAAAUCUAAAAAAUACCCUCUUCUCAUCGAUGUGUACGGAGGCCCCUGUAGUCAGAAGGUGAACUAUCGUUUCAAGCUGAACUGGGGCGCGCACCUCUCCAGCACACACGGGAUCAUCAUCGCAAGCUUCGACGGAAGGGGAAGCGGUUACCAAGGUGAUGAAAUAAUGCACGCCAUCUACAAGCGCCUCGGGACGUUUGAAGUGGAAGAUCAGAUAACUGCUGUGAGGAAAUUCAUUGACAUGGGUUUCAUCGACAAAGACAGAAUAGCAAUAUGGGGCUGGUCAUAUGGUGGAUAUGUUACCUCAAUGGCCUUGGGUGCUGGAACUGGACUCUUCAAGUGUGGAAUUGCAGUUGCCCCAGUGGCUAAGUGGGAAUAUUAUGACGCAGUGUACACUGAACGCUACAUGGGCAUGCCUACAGAUAAUUCAGACGCUUACACAAACUCCACAGUGACGGCCAGAGCAAGAAACUUCAAAACUGUUGACUAUCUAUUGGUCCAUGGCACGGCAGAUGACAAUGUCCAUUUCCAGCAGGCAGCGCAGAUCUCCAAAGCUCUGGUGGACGAGCAGGUGGACUUCGAGACCAUGUGGUAUACUGACAAGGACCAUGCCCUCGGUGGAUCAGCCUACCGUCACGCGUACAACCUGAUGAGUCACUUCCUGCAGAAAUGCCUCCAUAAUCCCAAGUAGAUGUGAAGAAUGUGAGAGCAUUUAUAGUGAAGAUUACCACGGUGUCUUUGUUCUCCGAUUAGUGUUUCGUAUCGAGUUGAUAUUGUGAAGUGUCAGGUUGAACAACAUGUUGAAGUUUUUUUUCCAUGUGCAAUGAAUAUUCUGUUGCUUGUACAAAUUAGUGUUUUUUAUGAAGAGUUAUGAAACCUUUGUUUUUUUAAAUAUGUGAACCAUAUAAAAGCCAUUGCAUGGAUUUAUAGUCAAGACGGCAGAAAAUAUCUAAAGUGCACUGCCCUGAUUGUUUUUAUGUCUUUUUUUGGGGGGGUAUCAUUUGUGUUGUAGUCAUGUUGCAUUGACGGUAAAAUAAACAUUGUUUUGAAAUAA